UGGAUGCUGCAUUGAAGGAACCCAGCGCAUUUUGGUUUAUGAGCAUCUUGAUAACAAGAGCCUUGAUCAGGCACUUUUUGGAAGAAAUGACUUGCACCUUGACUGGCCUACCCGCUUCAAUAUAUUGUUGGGAACAGCAAGAGGACUUGCUUACCUUCAUGAGGAGUCAAAGCCCAGGUUUGUACAUCGAGAUGUCAAAACCAGUAAUAUUUUGCUAGAUGCAGAACUCUCCCCAAAAAUAUCAGAUUUUGGAUGGGCAAAGCUUUAUGACGACGAGAAAACACACAUGAGCACCCGGGUUGCAGGCACGAUAGGCUAUUUGGCGCCGGAGUAUGCAAUGCGAGGACAUCUGACAGAAAAGGCUGAUGUUUUCGGUUUCGGGGUUGUUGCUUUGGAGAUCCUCAGCGGGAGACCAAAUUCUGACAACAACUUGGAUCCUGAGAAGAUUUAUCUUCUUGAAUGGGCAUGGACUCUACAUGAAAAGGACCAGAGUCUGGGGCUGGUGGAUCCGAGAUUGACGAAGUUUGAUGAAAGUGACGCAACUAGAUUGAUAAAAGCAGCUCUCCUCUGCACUCAGGCUUCACCGAUGAUGAGGCCAUCGAUGUCACGUGUGGUGGCAAUGCUUUCUGGAGAUAUUGAAGCAAGCACUGUUAUGUCAAAGCCAAGUUAUUUGACAGAUUGGGAUUUCAAAGAUGUAACCACAAGUAGCUUUUUGGUGGAUGGUGAUACCUCAUCAACUGAGACAACCCUAUCAACCAUGUCAUCUUCAUGUUAAGCAUUCACAGCAGGUUGGGAUGUAUGAAUUCCUUUGUACUUUUAAAUUCCAUCAUUUGCUUUAUUAUUACUUAGCAUAUGUCUACAUGGUGUUACAAAAAUCACAAAAAUCAUAACAUAUGACAUGUCA